CCCGCCCCCGCACUCCCGAUUGGCUGUCGCGGGAAAUGGGCGUGGCCUGGGAUCAGCUGCGGAGGAAGCGGCGCUGCCAGUGCGGGCUCCGACCCCGGAAGCGGACGCUGCGGGCCCGGCGCGGCCCGGCCCGGGGCUCCGGCCAGCAUGCAGGUGACGGAGCGCGAGGCUGCGGGGCCGGGGCUGGAGGGGGGCCCGGCCCCGCCCGAGGCCCAGCUGGAAUCGCCCGCCCCCCCCAAGUCCCCGGCCUUCGACCUCUUCAGCCUGGUGCUGUGCUCCAAGCGGCUGGAGAUGUACCUGGAGCCGCUGCAGGACGCCUGGGAGGGGAGCCGCUUCCUGCUGAGGUGGCAGAUGCCCCUGUGCUCGCUGCUCACCUGCCUGGGCCUCAACUUCCUGCUGCUCACCCUGACCGCAGCUGCCUGGUUCUCGCUGUGCGCCCUGCUGGUCCUGCUGCCCGCCCUGCUGGGCUACCUGCGGGAGACGUGCCGGGCCCGCCGGCCGGCGCCGGAGCUGGUGCGCCAGAGGUACCACAGCGUGCGGCGCGAGGACCUGCAGCAGGUGCGGCUGGCGCGGCACGAAGCCGUCGCUGAGGUGAAGAGAUUCCUGAUCCACCUGGAGGGCUUCCUGAGCUGGCUGUGCUGUGCCUGCGAGGGGGCGUACCGCGUGCUGCACUGGGAGUCCCCCGCCCUGUCGUCCCAGUUCUAUGGGGCGCUGCUGGGCUCCCUCUGUGUCCUGUACCUGCUGCCCCUCUGCUGGGUCCUCGCCCUGCUUAACAGCAGCCUCUUCCUGGGGAACGCCGAGUUCUACCGAGUGCUGCUGGAGCUCAAGGCUACGGUGGAGCAGCGCCUUGGCCCCAAGCCCGUCCCCGGUGCCCCGGAGCCAGCGGAGCCCGACGCCGGAGGAGAGGAGGUUGGCGGCACCCUGGUGGAUCGGACUCCCACGCCUACCAGCACCGAGGACCUCACACCCGGCAGCGUGGAGGAGGCGGAGGAGGCGGAGCCCGACGAGGAGUUUAAAGAUGCUAUCGAGGAGGACGAUGACGUCUCCCAGUGCUCCGCCGAGUUUGACAUCGGCCUCCCGGAGAGCAGCGUCAUGAGCAAGAACGAGGUGAUCCGCAGCAAGGUGUCGCGGCUGACGGAGCGCCUGCGCAAACGCUACCCCAGCAACAACUUCGGGAGCUGCACCGGCUGCGCAGCCACCUUCUCCGUGCUCAAGAAGAGGCGGAGCUGCAGUAACUGCGGCAACAGCUUCUGCUCCCGCUGCUGCUCCUACAAAGUCCCCAAAUCCUCCAUGGGAGCCACAGCCCCCGACGCCCAGAGGGAGACUGUGUUCGUCUGCGCCUCGUGUAACCAGGCUCUCGUGAAGUGAGUGGAGCCCCCGCCGGGCGCGUCGCUGGCUGCCCCUCCCGGCCGCGCGGGGCAGGAGAGCACCAGGAUCGUGUGUCGCUGAGUCCCCUGCCUGCCCUGGUGCUGCCCGGCCCAUGGCGCUGGGUGGCUGCGGGGGCCCCUCUGCUCUGUUCCUGGAGCUCUGCUGCGGGGUCCUGGCCGGCCCAGGGCAGGGGGCUGGAGGGGAGAUGUUAACCCCUUGCUGCCUGGAGCGGGGCUGGCAGGGGCCUGAGGCUGGCCACCCCUCCUCUCCGCUGUGGGGCUGGGAGGUGUGGCAGCCUAUGGGCCCAACUCCCAUGUGCCAGGCGCAGCUGGAGCCAGAUGAGACCUGGCUGGGGGGCAGAGGAGCUAGGCUGGGGCGGCUGCUGCUGCUGUUUGGGUCCUAGCCCAAGUGGGGGUGGCCAUGUCAGUGGGGGGCGGGUCCCCCUCUCUGCCCUGAGCAGCUCAGGAAGGCUCUUGGGGGCAGGGUGUCCAUGGCUGGGUCCCAGCAGAGGUGGGGGCGGGGGGGAGCUGUCAGUGUCAAGCUCCCUGUAGCUUCUGCCUAUUCCCCCUCCCCCCGUCCUUAAGGACUCCUGGGGGUGGGGGGAUAUAGUCCAGCCUCCCCCCCCUGCUUUGUGCACCACUUAGGCCCAGUGUCUCACUCUCCAGUUUGGGUUUAUUAACGUCUGGCCCCACGUCUGGUUUUAGCCGGUACCGGGCUGAGUUCUGGCGGGUGAACGCGGCUCCUCUGCUGCCCUGACUGCAGCUUUCCCCUCUGCUUCGCUUGUGCCGGCUGCUAAAGGACGUGACCCACUGGCCCCAGUGAGAAACCCCCUGUCCCAGCGCGUGGGGCAAGUCCCUGCUCUGUGCCGCCGGCCCCCCCUCCAGCGUAGCUAAUGCUGCUGCUCUGGGCAAAGCGGGGAGCUCUGCUGAGAAUGUGCCGGUAGUACCAGGGCUCCCGGUUUUCUGUGACGAACUCCCCCCAAUAAAGGUGACUCUGCAUUUCUCUGCCGUUA